AAUCAUUCGCUUCAACCGGCUGAAGAAGUAGAUCCUCAAGAGUAUGACGAUCGGCAGAACUAUGAAGAAGCUAGUGGUGAUGAUAGUAGUGACGACAGCAGUCCUAUCCUCAGCACCACUACAAAGAAGAAGAAAAAGAAGAAGCAAGGAAAAGGAAAGAAGAAGCGGAAAGCAGACGAAGAAGCAGCACCAUCUUCGUCUCGACCUGCCAAGAAGUUCCGUGGUAACGCAAACACCACUACGCCUAAAGGAGCGUGGAUUUCUUGGGAUAAGCUUUGCGCGAUUGCCAUGCAGUUAGGAUUUCCAAGUUUUCAAAAGUUAUGGCAAACGGUUAAAGCUAUCGAUAACUCACGGCAAGCCCGUAGUAUGGUUAUUCAGUACUGUAAGCACAACUUAAACCGCCUCAACAAGUACGCCUACCCUCGCCACAAAGUAGGCGGUAUAGACGGACUUCGUAUCUCAGAUUUCACUGCUGUUGAUACGUUUUUCCCUCUUGGAAAGAAGUACUACGCAUUACACGCUAUUAACUUACACUCUAGAGCGAGUGCCACUAGGACACUACGCAAGGCACCCACCGGAAACGACACAACUGAAUUUCUGGAGCACUGCAAAGGCAGAGGCAUCCUCGGCAGGUGUGUCUUAUCUGAUCAAGGGAAAGAAUUCGAUAACACUCAAGUGCGCGAAUAUCUUCAAAUGCAUCGCAUGGGUAUGGUUUCUAUCUUACGCCUAAAGCUAGCUGGGUAAACGGUACUUGUGAGCGGAGGCAUAGAACUUUUAGAACAGUACUAGAGAAGCUAUACUAUAUUCAUGGUCAGUUGGAUUCUAGAGUGCCGAUGCUAGUAGAGCAAGCUACUAAUGCGGUGAACUUUAUGCCAACUAGAGCGUUAGACGGUCUUAGUCCUUACCAAGCUCAAUGGGCACUCAACCCAUUUUCACUGGAACCUCAUGACCCUGAAAACUUGAAUGAUCAGCAGGGACCAAUGAUCGUUGACAGUCCAGCAUCUGAAGCAUAUCGCGUGCGAUGCGAUGCUCGUUCAGAACUUGAAAAACUAAAGAAGGGCAAAGCGUUCAUUGCUGACAGACAUGCGUAAGCUGAAUGAAAUGCAGCGUAACGCCUAUCCCGAAGCGGAUCAGAUCAAAGUCAAUGAUCUCGUUGAUAUUUUUGACAAGGACAAAGAAGCAUGGCUCGGACCAGCUAAGUUGAUUCACAUUCAACAGAACGAGUUCACUUGUACUUUUGUAGUCGACUACGACGGAAACUUUAAGAGGGUGCACGCGUCCCAUAUAAGGCGCCACGUAACUCCUCAAGAGCUCAAUUUCCCGCCGAUGUUGUUGCGAGUCCUAUACAAAUCGCACGGUUUGUCGCCUCCAGACCAACAACAUCCUGACACGUUUGAAACGGUACCGGUAAAGUUCAAGUCUGUACAGACAAACGCUAACGAGUCUGAGACAAAGCCUCCUUUAGUCUUGGAGCGUCCACCAAAGAUUAAAUCUUCCUCGUCUGAUCACGGGAAAUCUCAGCCCGGCGGGGAGUCGGCCGCUCCAAAGCAGACAGAAGGAAAGUUUAAACUUACUAAGAACUACACUCAGCAAGUUUACAACAGACUCCAAGUUGAACAUGAAGCACAGCUUCGAAGGAUAGCCGAGGAGCAUCUUCAGAAACCUGCCAGAGGAGCGUGGCGGGAGCGCAACGCAAUAAAAUCAAAAGCACUCAAAGAGAUUCGUGAACUUAUCCAGGCACAGCCUGAAUAUAAAGACCUAAAAGAGGCUCAGCUGAACAAAAUAGCAGCUGAAGUCUAUAGGCAAAGCCAAGACUACGCCUCAGACGACACGAAUCUAGACGACCAAGAUGAAAACUUUGUUGGAUUCAUUUCCCCCUUUCUAUGCUCUGACUGGGAGAAAGAUGAAAGCGGGACUUGUAUGAAGACAGCAUCUGUCGGCGCUGAAGAUCAGUCUGGAUAUGACCUCACUGGAAGGCAGCCAUUGAGAAAGAGCUCAAAGCUCAUGCUCAUGUAUUUCGACCCGCGACAAAUAGCGAAGUAACUCACUGGGUACAACAGAAAAACAGCUUCAUACCCUGUAAGAUGUUGCUAUCGAUCAAGCGCGACGGUCGUAAGAAGGCUAGGAUAGUUUGUCUAGGUUUUCUAGAUAAAGUUUCAAGCUACGACGACAAGUAUGCCGAAGUGCCAGACUUGUGUCUUAUGCGCCUACUACUUGCAAUAGUUUGCCAGCAGCCAGAUAUAUUUAUGUUUCCAUCUGAUGCUACGUCAGCUUUCUUACAGUCUCCUUACCCAGUCCCAGUUUUGAUCACCUUAGACCAAAGACUAAAGUCUUACCUCAACUAUGAGCACGCAGUAGUACAGUACGCGCUUAACGGUCUAAGAUUGUCUUCAAAAGCCUGGGCUGAUCAUCGUGAUGGCAAACUAUCGCUAUGUGGUUGGGUAAGAAAUCCCAUAGAACCCACACUCUGGCACAAGGGAGGCGUUUUGCUAGUCGUUUUCGUAGAUAACUUUUGGCUUUUUGGAAGAAAGGAGGAAGUUCUGAAUCUCCAUGCAGAGCUUCAGCCUCGCCUAAAGCUUGUACCCGAGACGGUAGAAGAAACUGCUACUAGUCUCGUCUAUGACCUUUUGGGUAUCAAGAUUAUCCAGGAUAAAGCUACUGGCAACAUGCUACUCAGCCAAGAUGAGUACGUUGAAAAAGUAUUGGCGCGGUUCGGCGGGGAAGUUGGUAGGACGAUACCCAACCCGAUGACAACCGCCCCAAACUUGUCAACGCCCGAAGAUGUCAAGCUACUGAAGCCUAAGCAAGAGCUUACAGCACUCUGCAGUAUCUUGCAUCUGGAACGCGGUUUGAUAUAACAGGACCACUAAAGUUAGCAAGCAAAGCCAAAGCGAACAGGGAAUCAAUAUUAGCACUGAAGCGCAUAGUCCGUUACCUCAGAACACGAAGAGCACUGAAGUACGUGAACAGACAAAAGGAAAACAGUGGAAAACUAACACUGUCAAUAUGGACUGAUUCUGACUUCGGAUCACAAGAAGGCCGGCAGUCCAUAUCUGGAAUAUUAGUUACCUUAUGUGGCAACGCGAUCUACUGGCGAUCACUAUCGCAAAGCACGACUGCCACUAGUGUGGCUGAAGCUGAACUGUGCCCAAUGUCUGAUGGAUCAAAAGUUGGACUUCGUUUCUACCACAUACUGAAUAGUGUGCAGGUGUGGUCAAGCAAAUUCUUUAAAGAACCUAAAAUCUACUAUCCGCUACUACUUAAGUGCGAUAAUCAGGGCGCAAUUAAGUAUAGCCAAGGACGCAGCGGAACAGCUUCAAGGCUAAAGCAUGUGGAUACUCGAAGGUGCUACAUGCGUGAUCUUGUUGGACGAGGAGCAAUCAAGCCGAUCUAUUUUCAAAGUUUGGCGAACAAAUCCAACGGUCUGACGAAGUUGACAGCCGGGGAGGAAUUCUCGGAAUAUCUUCGACUGAGUAACAUGGUCGAACUUGUCUGAGCUACUUAGCUUCACUAUAAUAAUCCUCCAACAAUUAUGUCACUUUGUUAACAGUUUCAUGCUAUUUCGUAACCUUGCCCUUUAUUCGUGAUUCAUCAUUUACCUUGAUUCUUAUGGUGUUUCACUUCAGUCACCACGUAAUCCCUUGCAUCUAUUUACUUGUUGUUCACAUUCAUGCAACUGCUUACCUUGUUAACUUUAUAAUGACGUCAGUCAUUUUGUUUACUUCUUAUGAUUGUUAUCGUUGUUUCAUCGUGCUAGUAUUUAUUUUCUCUUGCUUGUUAUUAUAUGAACUUAUAGAUCUUGAGUAAGAAAGCUGGCUGUUUAGGUUUCCUGGAGCUGGGGAGGAUGUCGCGCAUAUGAGUCAAAUCGUUCACUUCCAUGAAUUCAAUCGUUGCGUGCAUAAGCUUCCAGGAUCCUAACAGCGUCAGCAGCGUAGUGAUAUCAAUCCAAAGGCUUCCACAAUCUUGAAGUGCAUGAGUCUAGCCGUCUACUUGUUUACUUAAGGAUGUCCAUGAUGUUGAUCAUGCCCCGAAUGAUGAGAUGCACCAAACACAAAACAGGAC